AUGGCUAUUGUUCAAAAUUUCAACUUCCCCUACUUCCCUCCAUUCCCACCUCAUAACUAUCCAUUUCCUCCACCAAGUGUCUCACCACCCCACCAACCUAAUACACCUCCUUUCCCUCCGAAAGUGACCCCAUCAGCACCACGUCCACCAGUCACACCAUCACCACCUCCAAAAGUGGCCCCACCACGUCCACCGGUUACACCGUCGCCGCCAAAAGUGACACCGCCACGUCCACCAGUCACACCGUCACCACCAAUUACACCAUCACCACGUCCGCCGGUUACACCACCUGCACCUCCACGUCCACGUCCACCCGUUAUACCAUCACCACCACAUCAUUAUCCUAGCCCACCACCUCCAUCACCAAUUAAGCCACCACCUCGUCCUUUUUAUCCUCCACCGCCACCACAUGUUGUUCCAACUCCACCCCCAUCUCCACCAGGACAUCAUUCGCAUACCAUCAUCAUUAUAUUUGUCUCGCUUGGUGGUCUAUUCUUUCUGGCAUUUCUCUCAGUUGCUCUGUGCUGCUUCCUAAAGAAGAAAAAGAAGAAAACCUCUCAGGAAACUGAUAUCGUGAACGUGGAUGAACACAGGAAGGUCCAUGAAGAUGUCGUAACCCGUUCAGAUGGAACCAAAGCUGUCAUUCUAACAAUUGAUGAAGAUAUACAUAUAGAUGAAGAAAUAGUGAAAAGGGAGAAAGUGGAGAAGGGUUCACUAGGCCAAUUGGGAGGUGAACAUCUUGAAGCUACAAACACUACGGAGUCAUCUUCUAGUUCCAAUAAUCACAAUCAAGACCAUAAAAGCUGA